AUGUUUUAUGUUUAGCUUAAAACAGAGUCCAGAGUCUGGCACUGUUCAGUUGAGCCAAGCCGAAAGGACUACAGAGUCCACCAGUGAUGACGUCAGUUACGGGCCGGCUGAUAGAAGGACCCAAGACUAGGACGCGGUCACGUUGUUUAAUCAAGACUCACGUAUGGAUGCAGUCGGAUUCACGUGUAUUAUUUGAUAAGACGACACCAUGCACAGAAUGUAAAGCCCGAUAUGUUAUUUCUGUCGUGUUAGUUAAGAGCUGUGGGUCAUUUCAAUCGAGAAAAAAAUAUAUUUUUAUUGUUUAUUAAAUCACUCUCAGGCACCCUUUCAACCCAAACAGCAUUUUACUUUGAAAGAGCUUCCCGGAAGUCAUGCUUCCUCAUUGUGGCCACUUUGACGCGGACCCACGGAACCAUCCCCCAUCUGGAGGCUCUCCUCUCUCGGCGACAUUCACCCGGCGGUGGCUCGGACGGAGGCAGCAUCCGCGGAUGAGGGGACAAUGAUAACAUUUUGAAGAAAGCUGGAUUAUAACUUCAUCCCGAGAUCCCUGCCCAGUGUCGGCUUCCCUCUCCGCUCGGGGCUCAGAGCGUGAGCACACGUUGACUCCUGCAGCUGAACCAGGGGCUUCAAUAAACGGCCUGUCCAACGCUGCUGCCCUGCAAAAAAAAAGAAGAAAAAAAAAGUGCAUGAGGAGUGUCACCCUGCCGCCGACCGCCACAGCCUGAAGCCAUCCUGCCAAAAAUCUGGGACCAUGUCUGGAGCCUACGACGAGUCCGCCAGCCAGGAGGAGACCACGGACAGCUUCUGGGAGGUUGGAAACUACAAACGCUCGGUGAAGCGGAUCGACGACGGUCAUCGGCUAUGCAACGACCUGAUGAACUGCAUCCAGGAGCGGGCCAAGAUCGAGAAGGCCUACGCCCAGCAGCUGACCGAGUGGUCCAAGAGGUGGCGGCAGCUGGUGGACAGAGGACCUCAGUACGGCACGGUCGAGCGCGCCUGGGUGGCGGUGAUGACGGAGGCGGAGAAGGUGAGCGAGCUUCACCAGGACGUGAGAAACGGCCUGGUCAACGAGGACUUUGAGAAGGUGAAGAACUGGCAGAAAGACGCCUACCACAAACAGAUGAUGGGAGGAUUCAAGGAAACCAAAGAGGCGGACGAGGGCUUCAAGAAGGCCCAGAAACCCUGGGCCAAAAAGCUAAAAGAGCUCGAGGCGGCCAAGAAGUCGUACCACAUGGCCUGCAAAGAGGAGAAGCUGGCCUCCACCCGAGAGGCCAACAGCAAGGCGGAUGCCUCCGUGACGGCCGACCAGCAGAAGAAACUCCAAGAGAAACUGGACAAGUGCAAACAGGAUUCACAGAAAGCGAAGGAGAAGUACGAGAAGGCUCUGGACGAGCUGAGCAAGUGCACCCCUCAGUACACGGAAAACAUGGAGCAGGUGUUCAACCAGUGUCAGCAGUUCGAGGAGAAGAGGCUGGGCUUCCUCCGAGAGGUGCUGCUGGACGUCAAACGCCACCUCAACCUCACAGAGAACCAAAGUUAUGCGACGGUGUACGGAGAUCUUGAACGCACCAUCACGUCAGCCAGCCCGCAGGAAGACCUGAAGUGGUUCAGCAACACCCACGGUCCCGACAUGCACAUGAACUGGCCACAGUUUGAGGAAUACAACCCAGAACUUUCCCACAGCAUCUCGAAGAAGGAGAAGUCAAAGAAAGGCAGUGAUGGAGUCAUGCUGACCAACGUCACAACGGCAGCGGACCACGCUCAAGCUGGAGACCGUGGGAGUGUCAGCAGCUACGAGAAGAACCAGGCGUUCACGGCCUCCACAGAGUGGUCGGACGAGGACCAGACGGCGCCCAACUCGGGCAACGACACCAACGGAGGGACGGACCCCUUCUUCGAGGACGGGGGCGUGAGAGUGAGAGCGCUGUACGACUACGACGGCCAAGAGCAGGACGAGCUCAGCUUCAAGUCGGGGGACGAGCUGACGAAGCUGGAGGAGGAGGACGAACAGGGCUGGUGCAAAGGUCGCCUAGACAACGGCCAGCUGGGUCUCUACCCGGCCAAUUACGUGGAGCCGAUCUAGCUGUUCUCCAGCGGAGGAGGAGCGCUUUUCUCUCAUCGCAGGGCAAAAAGCAAAAAAAACAACCCAGACUGAACCGUCCAGUCACAACCGCACAUUUGCCAGAGACUAUUUUUUGCAGAGCAAAGCUUCCUCGUCCUCUCGGUGCUCGGCGAGCUGUCGUCACCGUGGCCCCCGUCGCAGACAAGACUGAACUGAAACGAAACCGCCCGCACGCGCUGCGACCGAAGCAAAAAAUAAAUAUAUAUCUGAGUUCCCUCUGUGCGUAGCCGUGUGUUCAAAUCCGACUGCGACGCUCACAUGCCAUACAGUCUAUCCUCUCAUCGUGAUAUUGAUAUGGCAUCGUCGGUUGUGCCUGGACAGCGAGAAUGAGCCACGCAUUGUGCAUUUCAUGUAUAUAUUUCAAUUUUUUCUUUUUUACAUUCUGGAUGCUUGCACAGUCAUUGAAUACAGUAUUUUCUUCCUUUGUGAAAUAUUUACGUGUUUAGCCCUCAUGAGAAUAGUUGGACAAACUCAUUUGCUGUCUUUCUGAGAGUGGGAUGAGAAGAUCGAAAUCAUAAUUCAUCACUGUUUUUAACUUUUUAAAUUUUCCAUUAUUCAUUUGUUUCAUUGCCCCCCCCCCGGUAUGUUUCUGUGUCUCUUCUGAGCUUUUAGUCUGUUCGCUGUGGUUCAGUAUGUUCUCUGUUUUUAUCUGUCCCCUGCUUGUAUUUAUAUAUGACAUUUUUUAAUUUAAUUGGCUGCCCAUCUUGACCAGGAGGCAGAAGAGAUAUUGAAACCGAAUGGGACCUUCCCGGAACACAGUGCAUUUUCCCUUAUUCUCUUCCGGCAGACCUCUUCUCUUUUGAAAUGGAAAUACAUUCUCCACCCAACUCUGCACGGAUUGUUGUCAUUGAUCCGCCGCUCGCCGACGAUGACGCGCCCGUUGAAACAUUCUCACCUUGUCAUCGACUUUCUCUUCCUGCUUCGUCUCCACGUGUAUGGCGACGUGCAUGGAGACGUGUGUUAACCAUGCAGCUACUGACACUUGUUCAUCAUGAGCGAACGCCACUGCCUCUGUAUCAUCCGCUUCCGGCUCCUGUCUCUGUGAUCACGUGCAUGCUGACGCUCCCCGACUCCGUUUACCGCUCUGAUCUGAGCUCAUCCGGCGAAUGGCCUCAAUUUUGUCUCCACCAAAUUAUCGACAGAUUAUGGACUUGAUUAAAAACUCUCAUCAGACGAUGAUAAUGUCAUUGAUUUGAAUCGUGUAACACUUGUCGAUCAGUUUCACCGUGAGCCAAAAUGCAGGCUGUAUUACUCUAUGUUUAAAUAUUUGGGUUUAAAUCAGGGAAACUUAAUCGCACCUCAUACAAAGAAAGGUUAGAAAUGCAUGCGGCAGUGCACUACGUGUUAUGUGAGACUGGUCCGUUACUCCUGGUAACCACAGAGUGUCGGUGGAUGCUACUUCCGCCCGCCACGCUGAAGAGAGGACGGGUGUUCUCUUACUGAUGCGGACGGAGAGAGCGGCAGCGGGGAAAAAAGCAGAAAGAGGAUCCGUCUCUGAAAUAUUGAUGAGACGGAGGUCAGAAGGAAGGAGGGACGUGUCUCUGGCUGAGGAGUUUAUGCCUAUGUGUGCUUUGAAAAAAAAGAAAAGUGUGUGUUGCUUUUUGUUAACACUGGAUUGAGACGAGAGGUGAAGUGAAAACUUCCUCUCCGAGAAAAUCCGCCACCCUGCCGCUGCACGGACUCUCAAGCAGUCACGAUGCACAAAGUGAGAGAGAGAGAGAGAGGGAGAGCCACAGGAUCUGACUCCAGGUCGUCCAGCUCCGUUUACACCGACACAGCACGCAGGCCCUUUCUGACUGACUAUGGAACGACCUCAGCGUCGUAACUGGCUCAAUGCACAUCAAUCUUUAACUGGGCCUGUGUACAAGGGGUUGUGCAGACGCGUGCAACGGCCGCAGCCACUGAAACCCUCGGAUGUUAAAUCGUAUUUUUGAAAAAGAAAUUGCUCGAAUGCUCCCUUUUUUUUUCCUCUCUUUCUGUCCUUUGCUCAUGUUGACCUGCAACCCAACAUUGACCUGCAAAUGUGGAAGGAAAACCUCUUCCUCUUCUUUUAGCGUAGUGCUGUGAUUUCCGAACUGUAGUGCCUGUUCAUCCGCAUAAGCAAGAAUAAAAAGAUGUCAUCAGAAAAUCA